GGCAUUUUUAAAUAACCUUCCAAACACAGCGUAACAACUUUAAGAGUUCCCACACCUGAAACCUACGAAGCCAUAGCUUCUCUCUCUCUCUCUCUCUCUCUAGUCUAAGCUGACACCUGAACUCUCACUUUCUCUCUCUUUAGGAUGAAGCAGACCCACCCGAAGCCCACCGCUUCCGCCGCCGUCCGCCUCAACCCUCUUAGACGAUGAAACUAGCCCUUUCCUCUACCACCGUCCUCUCCAUCUUCACUGUUACAUUUCUUGCUUUCUUUCUCUUCCUCCCAUUGACUACCCAUGGCUUGGGCUCCAGUUCCACAAUGGCCGUUACAUCCACCUCCGUAUGCGGCAUCGUGGCGGCGAAGUCUGCUCGGAGCAUCAUAUGCUAUAGAACAAAUGGCGAGAUUAUAAGCGUCGAACCCACCGUCUCCUUCUCCGCCAUUUCUGGCGGGCAAAACUUCUUCUGUGGCCUCCGGUCCGGCGGAUACGCUUUUCUGUGUUGGAACACAUUCAAUUCCAGUAAUAAUUCGAGUUUCAGUAACCCACAAAGAGUUUACUUUAACACCACUGUUCUAUUACAGAAUCUAGCGGUUGGUGGGAAUCAUAUUUGUGGAAUUGUGAACGACACAGCCAAUGUCAAUGGCACUGGUAUCGUUAAAUGCUGGAGAGGCGAUGGCAAUAUCAGUAACCAAACGCCGGCGGACGGUGAUCAAUUUGAGUCAAUCUCAUCUGGUUAUGGAUUUUCUUGUGGGAUUUUGAUAAAUGGUCACAGGAUUCGGUGUUGGGGAAACAACCCAAUAGCAAGAGAGAUUGAAUCCGAUUUUGGGAAUAUGUCAAUGGCUAGCAUAGCAGCUGGUGGCUUUCAUUUGUGCGGAGUGAAUUCAACUGGGUUCUUGGUUUGUAAAGGAGAUAAUAGCUCUGGUCAGUUGGAUGUUCCUGUGAAUUCUGCAUUGGAAUAUUAUCAAUUAGCUCUUGGGGCUAAUUAUAGUUGCGCACUUAGAAGAAAUGGAACGGUGGUUUGUUGGGGAGGAAGAGGAUUAUAUUCUGUUAAUGGAACUGUGGGGAUUUUCUUUGAGUCUAUUGUUUCAGGGUCUAAUUUCACUUGUGGAUUGACUACCGGGAAUUUUUCGAUAAUGUGUUGGGGACCAGGGUGGCCUAAUGUGGAUAAUUCUGGGGUUCAGGUUCUUCCAUUCACAGACCAAAUUCUCCCAUGGCCGUGUGUACAAUCUUCUUGUGAAGGUCGAUUGUAUCCAGAUUCUGACAGAUUGUGUUCUGGUUCAGGAAAUGUUUGCUACCCUCCAGGGUUCAAUGUUUCAAAUCCCUUCCCGUCACCUGCACCACCGCCAUUGUUACCAUUAGUUCCACCGCCGUCAAUUUUGCCUUCUCCAUCAUCUCCAUCCAAGGAAUUGACAAAUGGGUUAUUGGCGUUUGCCAUUGUUGGAUCAGUAGGAGCUUUUGCUGGUAUUUGCACUAUCAUUUACUGCCUGUGGACAGGAGUUUGUUUUGGCAAAAAGAAAGUGCAUAAUUCGGUUCAACCCACAAUAACUAGAGCUGGUUCCAAUGGUGGCACCACAUCAAACAAUAGUGGUCUUAUUUCGAGAUCAUCAACGAUUAGGCGUCAGAGCUCGAGGGCAAUGAGGCGCCAGAGGAGUGGAACCUCAUCGAAACAUGCAGAUAGGGCUGAGGAAUUUAGUCUAGCUGAGCUUGCUGCUGCUACCAAUGAUUUCUCACUAGAGAACAAGAUUGGUGCAGGGAGCUUUGGUGUUGUUUAUAGGGGCAAAUUAGUUGAUGGUCGUGAAGUGGCGAUCAAGAGAGGGGAAACAGGUCAAAAGACAAAGAAGUUUCAAGAGAAAGAGAGUGCUUUUGAAUCUGAGUUGGCAUUCUUGUCAAGGCUUCACCACAAGCAUUUGGUUAGGCUUGUUGGGUAUUGUGAAGAUGGGGAUGAGAGGCUUCUAGUUUAUGAGUACAUGAAGAAUGGAGCUUUGUAUGAUCAUUUACAUGACAAGAACAAUAUUGAAAAGAAGAGUAGUGUGAUCAAUUCUUGGAAAAUGAGGAUCAAGAUUGCAUUAGAUGCUGCUAGAGGAAUUGAAUAUCUUCACAAUUAUGCUGUCCCACCGAUAAUUCAUAGAGAUAUAAAGUCUUCCAACAUCUUGCUUGAUGCUAAUUGGACAGCAAGAGUUUCUGAUUUUGGAUUGUCAUUAAUGGGUCCUGAAUCUGAAAGAGAUUACAGGCCAAUGAAGGCAGCAGGAACAGUUGGAUACAUUGAUCCUGAGUACUAUGGUCUAAAUGUAUUAACGGCAAAGAGUGAUGUCUAUGGCCUUGGUGUGGUAUUAUUAGAACUUUUGACAGGCAAGAGAGCCAUAUUCAAGAGUGAUGAUAAUGGAGGCACACCAACAAGUAUAGUGGAUUUUGCAGUGCCUAGAAUUAUGUCAAGCGAAUUGGUUAAGGUUUUGGACCCUAGGGUCGGUCCGCUGGAGCUUAAUGAAGCAGAGGCGGUGGAGCUGGUGGCAUAUACUGCACUUCAUUGUGUGAAUUUGGAAGGGAAAGACAGGCCAACUAUGACUGACAUUGUUGCUAAUUUGGAGCGAGCUUUAUCUCUCUGUGAUGGUAGCCAUGGCAGCAUCUCCAGUGGUACAAUCUCAAUUGUUUCAGAAUGAAAAAUUCAGCCCACUAUAAUUAUUCUUUCUGAUUUUUUUACAUCAUUUAUUUGAUUUACUUUUGGAAUUGGUGUCAAGAAUUAGGAGUUCCCUUGCUUUUAUUUCCUUCAACUUUUCCUUUUUUUUUUUUUUUGAAUUUUAGAUAGAAUUAGUACUUCCAUCUAACAUUGAGCUGUAGUGUAGGAUUUUAUGAACACUGACAGCAAUGAGAAUGAAUGAUUAAAUGA